AUGGAACAAGUCCAUACGCCAUCGCUCGGCUUUUGGCAGCUUCUCCUAGCCUCCUUCUGGUUCGUGUACCGGUCAGCCGUCGGCGGCGGCACCCUCCGGGGCUGCCUCGCCGCUGCCUUCGCCCACAUAGUCCUCCUCGUGUUGGCUGCGGAGCUGAUCGCCAUCCUGUCGCUCCCCAGCCGUGGCGGCCGCGCUGGCGAUCACCACUGCGGCAAGGGCCUGGCCCUGGCAUCGCCUGGACGUGCCGGCGUUCACGAAGCCGAGGCCGAAGAGGACCGCCACCAGCAGUAUCAAGUCCUAGGCGGUCAGCUGCCGUGGCGGAGCAGCAACAGCCCUUUCCAGCGGGGCCCGAGCAGCGGCAGCCCGGGGGCGACGGGGCCGGCGGCAACGAGCCCAACCUCGGCGGCAGGGGGUUUGCCGCUGCAGCGCCGGCGACGUAGCUCGGUGCCGCCGCUGAUCGUGGAUUGUGAUGUUGUGGGUGUCGAGGCCUCGCACAUGUCGCCGCUACCUUCGCACCAUGGCUAUGCGGGCGGCGGCGGCCCGGUCAUUACUACCCGGGCCUCCUGCCCCAUCAUGCCGUACGCCGGAAGCCCGGGUUCGCCGAUGCUGCUUCGCUCGGCCUCCGCCGCCGCGAUCCACCUCACCAUGAGGGGCAACGGCUUUGGCGCUUUCGGCACCGCCACAGCCGUUGGUGGUUGCCCAUCGAGUGGUGCAGCCAGCCCCGUACAUUGGAGUGCCGGACGGCGGCAACGGCCGCCGCGGGCUCCGUUCCCGUCAUCAGCGGCGUCGCCGUCACCACCCUGGGUUGCCGUGACGGCGGCUGAGGGGGAGGUCGUCGGUCGAUCCGUUGACGCGGCCACAGCCGCCGUCUGUGUGAAUGGCGGCGGCGGCGGCAUCGUGGAGGCGGUCGGGCCAGUCAGUAACCCAGAUGGGCCCGAUGCUGAAGACGGCCGUGGCUUGCCAGGCUCGUCGCAGGUACGGCACGGGCAGGCCUACCCGCACGGUCAACAACAACAGCAACAACAGGUGCUGCUGCUGUCGCCCGGAAAAGAGAAAAAUGAUGAUGAGGAGCAGCGGCUCGGGAAGGCAGGGGAAAGGGGAGAGGAGCAGGAGGAGGAUGAGGAGCAGCAGAAGCGGCCUGUUGCGAAGGACGGGGAAGGGAAGAAGAAGGAUGUAGAAGCGCGGGACAGCGCUCGAGUGGAAGGCUCAACACGUAGCUCCAGGUAUGUCCUGGAGGAGGUGAAGCAGGAGGAGGAGGAGGAAGAGGAGCACGGGCAGGAACGAGGUAGCCGCCACACGGCCUCAGCCGGCAACGGAUCAGUUUGCGUCGUCGAAAGCGGCGGCGACGGCGCGAGACGGGACCCCGCACGGGGGGCUUUUAUCGAGGGGAAUGAAAGUAUUUGGCGGGAAGAGGAAAGGAGCAGGACGAGAGGUGCGGUGUCCCUUGGCCAGGCCGCCGACACCGCCGUCGCAGGGGAGCAGCAGAGGCCGCCGUCGCCGUCACUGCCAGCUCCCGUGAUGCGGUCGACAACCCCGCAGCUGCAAGACGUGGAUGGCAAGGGCGCUGCCGGCGCAAGUGCAUUGGGCGUCCACACGCGCUUGGGGCUGGGGGAUGUUGAGCCUCGGGUGGUCCUUUCCAGUGACGGCCGGAUGCAGCAGCAGUUCUUCCGAUACCGGCUCGAGACAGACCGGAGCACUCAGGACUAUAUUCUGUUGGAAUCGACGCUUCACGGCACCGACGGCGCGGCGCCGUACAACAGUGAAUUCAGCAGCGACGACGAUGAUGAAGAUGGUGAUGGUGAUGGUGACAUCGAGGGGGAUGACGGCGAUGGAUGUGGUGAUGAGGAGGACGAGGAGGAUGACGUUGGCGAGGGGUACGGCGGCAGCGAGCUGUAUUCGUACGAAGGCGAGUACGACAUGGACGAGGCCAGCGGCGGUGGCGGCAGCGACGGCUGGUUCUCUCUGGUCCUUGAGACUAACGGGGGCUCAGACGGGGAUUGCAUGGUUGACGUCAACCGGGCGUCCUGGCAGACUGGCGGGUUGCUUCAGGCCCCUGAUGCCGCUGCGGCGGCGGAUGCUGCCGCCGCAUUUGCUACUUCAGCCGCAGACCGAGAGACGUCCGCCAUGGUUCCAAAUCUGGAUCUGGGUGUGACCAAAAGCGACGUGGUGCUUGCUCGCUCUCGGAAAGCGGCCGAGCGAACACGGCAUAGACGUGGCGGCGCCGCCGCCGUCGGGGACGGCGUCUCAGCAGCAGUGCAUCGGAGCGCGAGCUACAGCCUUCACCCUGCCGCCGCCGCCGCUGCAGCGGCGGCAGCAGCAGUAGCGUUGGACGUCGAGGAGCUCACGAGCACCGCCACCAACACCGCCACCAACACCAGCGGCGGCGCAUGCCGCGGGUACGGGCUCGAGAGCAGUCGUACAUGGAAUGUAGCGUACGGCAGCGAGGUUGAUGAUGACGACGAUGAUGAGGAGGAGGAGGGGGCCCGUGUCAAUGUGGAGGAGGAAGCGGCUCUCGGCGAUAUGGAGGGAUUUGCAGAUAGAAAGGUCUGGGACAUGGCAUCGUUGGACCCACCGUCAUCAUCAGCAGCAGCAGUGGUGGCGGCGGCGGCGGUGGGUACAGAGCUUCCGAACGGCUGGUGCUCGGAAGUCCCCCAGGAGAAAGGUCGCCAACCUCGCCUGCACACAUACCUCGAUAAUCACCACCAUCUCACCCACCAUCACCACCACCAUCAACAACAACAGCACCUGUCAUAUAAAUCCCAGUCGUACGAAGCGCGCCGGCGCCGCCAGCCGGAGGGGUUUCUGGGAGUGGCGGAAGACGAAGGCACCGGCGGCGGAGGCGGAGGCGAAGGCAGUCGCCGCCGGCGGCGGAGGCAGAACCAGCUGGAUCGCGGCAGAGGCCGAAGGAGGCGCCAUGUACGGCAGUUGUCCCAAGGUCAGAUGCACGCGCGGCAGGUCUACGCUGAAGAGUACAACGGGCAAAUGUACGGACAUGGGCACGAGAACCUCCAGGCGCUGCUGUACCAAGCUGACUGCGGCACGCACCAGGUUGUCAGGAUUAGCCAUGGCCACGCCAUGGAAGCCCCUGAUUUUGCACCGCAGCUGAUUCUGCCGCCACUGCCGCCGCCGCCACCACAGCAGCAACAGCUGUUGCAUGUCGAGCAGCGAAGCAGUCAGGGCCGUGGCCGCCCCGGCACUGGAUCGGAGGCGGCAGCGGGUGUUUGCGCUUGUGGCAUCAACACUACCUCGGCGGCGGCGGAGGCGGCGGCGGCGGCGACGUCGACGCUGGACAUUCAUGCAGGCGGUCUCGGCAACGGUGGCGCCGAACCUGCGGACUUCACUCGCAGCAUGUCACGGCCCGCUAACCCAGCCCACCAUUGUCAACAUCAACACCACCAACAACAACAACAGCAGGAAAUGCUGUCACUGGACAAUACCGUCCUGGCGGCGCCGCUGCUGGGUCCGGGUUUGACAUCGGUUUGGACGGCCUCGGCUUCCGCCGCUGGCGGCGGCGGCGGCGGCAGUGCCGGGCCUGUGGUGCUGCUUAUGGAGCCGGAUCUGCCACGGGUCGACGUCGAGGAAACCUUUGAGCUCCAACACCAAGAGCACGCGGCUGUAUACGAGCAACAAGAACAGCAACAGCAGCACCUGGAAAAACAACAACAGCAACAGCACCUGGAAAAACAACAACAGCAACAACAGCAACAGCAACAGCACCUGCAACAGCACCCCGAGUUUCACGGCUGCUAUCAGCCGCCUCAUCAUCAGCAUGAUCCAGAGUGGCAGCUAGAGCUGGCGCGGCAGCACCCACAAGGGGAAGUACGGCAGCAAGGGUGUGUCAGGGGCGCCGGUAUUGGUGUUGCCACCGGGGGAUGUCGAUCUCCAGUUGUAAGGCCCCAUUCCGCCUCCGCCAACUACGACCAUCCACACUGGCGGGUAACAACCACCACCUGGGCGAGUACGGCAAACUCCCCGCCAGCACAUCGCCCUUCUGCACAGACCCUCGUUAUGGGGCCCACGACGGCGGGGGGCGAUUGGGAUGACGACGCCGGGGGCUGCUACACGCCGCCGGAAUGGCUCCGCGCCGCUGCCGCCGGUGGCAUUGGCGGCCUACGGUGCGGCGGCAGCUGGGGUGGCGGCGACGGCGGCGGCGGCGGCGGCAGUUUCGUUACCGUACGACCUGUUGCGUCGCUAGGUAGUCCUCCGCAUUGCAAUUCCGCGCGUCCGCCGCCGUCGAUGACCGGCGUCGCUGGAGCAGGAGGAGGAGGAGCCGUGGCUGGAGUUCGUACAGGCGCCACCAGCGCCCCGUCGACGCCGCCGCCGGCCACGGUCGUUGAGCCCUUUUCUGACGCCGCUGGGCAGGCGUUCUACCGCUCCCUUUCCGGCUCCCGCCGUUAUGACCUGUCGGAGCGGCGGCGGGGCAUCUCAGAUAAUUACAAAGCCGCGUUGGCGGCCGCGGCCGCCGCGGCGAAUGAAGGCCGCUCGCGGCCGACGACGCCGUCAGGCGCUCCUGGCACCGCCAGGCCUCCGGACUCGCCGCCCCUGCCGCCGAUGUCGCCGGCGGCGGCCGCGCAGCAGCAGGCCGCCGCCGCCACGGAAGAUCUGGGGCCCCACUCCCGCUCGAGUCCGCCAGUGCUCCAUUCUUCGCCGCCGCCGCCGUCGCCGCCGCCGAUGUCCCCGACGUUGGCGACCAACACCACAUGCGGCGUCUUGCCUGGCUCCAUCUCCCUGGAAGCCCCUGCGGAGGUGGCGCUCCUGUCGUCAGAGAACUCAAUGCCGUUGAGCGCAGAUCCCGUCACCUCCGCAGCUGACGGCGUCUUCGCAAACGGCGGUGGCGGCAACAGUCCCGGUGGCGCCGCCACCGCCGACCGACUCUUCUCGACACCCGGACAAUCAGACGCGCCGUCGGCUGUGGCGUUUAUCACGACGGAUGUAGCUGCCGUACCCACCGCUGCUGCUGCUGUGGUAGAGGCGGAGGAGGGCGAGCAGCAGAAGAGCUGCCAUAGCCGGAGGGUAGCGGAGGCGCUGGAUGUGCGGGGAGCAGCGUGA